AUGACAGCUACAUAUACUCAAACAAACACAACCACAGCCUCGGACCUAGAGAAACUAGUAGACGAAGCAUGGAAAAGGACGUUCAAAAACAACGAAGUUGAGCUAUUAGCGAUAUCUCGAAUACACACAAUAAUCGACCAAAUCCAACACAUCUUGCACAUUGAGCACUUGUUCACGCCCGCGGAAGCCAGCUUGAUUGACAGAUACGUCAACGAGCGGCCCACUACUAAAUUAAGUAAGCGCGAACUCGCAGCGUUCCUCGCGAAGCUGAUUAUUGGAGAUGGUGAUGGUGGUGAUGGAGAUGAUGUCGUGCGGGAGCGGUUUCGUUUGUCUCGUGGCGAGUUGAAGCUGCGGGUAGCGGGCGACGUGCGCGAUGGAUACGAUUACACGUGGCGUUUGCUGGGGCAUGAGACGAGUGAGGGGAAGAAUGUUGACGUAAGUGGUGAGAUACGUGGGAUUCACGACGGCGCUGAUGGUGAUGGUAUUGGGCGGAGCGCGCGUUUGCCAGAUGUGGGCUCAUCCGUCUCUAGUUCGUGUUUGAGAACGGCGAAAUGUGCGUCUAGUGGUGAGCGGCACGCGGCGUUGGAUAGCUUGGAGUUAAAAUGUCGGCUGUAUCAGCGCGAUUGCAUCGUGCUCCAGGAUCGGAUACGCGAUAUCCAGUUGGACUUGCGCAAGAUGGAGCAGACCGUGGCGGAACAGGCUGAGUUGAUCCAAGUCUUGAAACGCAAGGAGAAGGACGUUUCGUUGAAUUUCACAAAAGUGACGGCGAAUUGCAUUAAUGGGUUGCUUGCGUGGUUGUUUGUGUUCAGCUAUACUGGAGGUUUUGCAAAGCUCAAUUCCCAAAGGGUGAAAGAUGUGUAUUUGCGGUGGAGCAGGAAACUCACAAUGCGGUUAGUUUUGGCUUCGGUCGUGGUUCUGGUUUGCUUGGUUGUUAUCUUGGUGUGUCUCGUGAUGGUGCCUUUAAACUCAAGCGGCAACGGGUACGUCUACGAAUCCCAUGACAGCUUCUUUGACUUUUGGCGGUACAUCCCAUUCCUGGCACAGCGCUUCUUUCUACACACCGACCGCUGGUGA